AUUGUCAUUGGCUUCUAUUCUAGCUUACUACAGACUGUUAGUUGUUUGCAAAGCUGCACAGAACCUCGAAGAAAAGAGCAAUGACAUCAUCUCGUCCUCCUCCGUCGAAGUCGGUGGAUCUCGACCUCACCAUCGUCUCCGCCAAGCAUCUCAAGAACGUCAACUGGAAAACCGGCGACCUCAAGCCGUACGUCGUCUUCUGGGUCGACCCCGACCGCCGUCUCGCCACCAAAUCCGACGACUCCGGCAACACCUCCCCCGUCUGGAACGAGCGUUUCACCCUCCCUCUCUCUCACCCCAUCACUGACUCCUUUCUCACCCUCGAGAUCUUCCACUCCAAACCCUCCGAUACCCCCAAACCCCUCGUCGCCACCGUCCGCCUCCUCCUCGCCGACCUCCACGACCUCCAUGAUUCCUCCAGCAUCCGCAAAUUCACCCUCCUCCGCCCCUCCGGCCGCCCCCACGGCAAGAUCCACCUCAAGCUCGGCCUCCUUGGUCGCCCCCAACCCCUCGAUUACCCCAACCCAAGCUCCAACCCCAACCCUAACCCUAACCCUAACUGUAACCCUUCGUUCCUCUAUUACAGAGGAUAUACUCCAUCACCUUCCCAAUCUCAACCACCUUCUCCUUACUCUUCUUCCUACACCUCUUACGCUGCUGAUUCCUACACCGGCGGUUACUAUCCCGGUUACUAUUCAGGUGCUCCUCCACCGCCACCACCACCUAGGCCUUUCUUUGACCGACCGGGCGGUUAUUCCGGGCUCAGCGGGCCAUCUGCCCCGCUGGAUUAUUCCUCCGCCAGCUCCUAUGAUCCGAAGCCCAGGGGUGCAAAGAUGGGCUUGGGUGCCGGGCUUGCUGUUGGCGCGGUUGCCGGGGCUCUGGGCGGGCUUGCUUUGGAAGAAGGGCUGAAAUACGAAGAGGACAGGAUCACGGAGAGGGUGGAAAACGGCGUUGCUGCUGCGCGGGACGAUUACGGGGAUUACCGGGCAGAUUAUUGAAAUGCUUAAGCUGCAAGGUUUGAAGUUUGAAGGCUAAUUAAUUCACUCUGCUGAUAUUCUGGUAUAUAUAUAUAUGAAUUAUAUAUGAUGUAUAUAUUUCAAUUUGUGUUGGACUGAAUGCAUCUAUGUUGCUUUAUUUUCGCUGGUCUAUGAAAUGAAUGUUUAUCUUGUGAUGAUUUCCUACCUUUGCUCGUUCGAGAUUAUGAAAAUGAAAUAAAGUUGGUUUCUCUUUAUUA